UCCGUCCGUUCCUCUCUUUCUCUUUCUUUCUCUCUGUUCCUCUCCUUUUCUCUGCCUCUCUUUCUCUCUCUCUCUCCUCUUCUGUCUCUUUUUUCGCAUCGCUCCGUGGCCGUUCGACACGGACACGGGACGACACUUCCGUCUCUCCUCGCUCCUGCUCUCUCCUCUCUCUCUCUCUCUCUCUCCCCGUCUCAGCCGCAGGUACAACGGCGGGUAUCCUCGCGCGUCGCCGCCGUGCAAAACCGACGCGCCUCGGCCAAGAGCAUCGAGCAACAGCACACGCGAGUGUGAGGCAUGUCGUCGCACUGCUCGUAGCGGGAUACAGGAUUCGUGCAGCACGAGGUGAAGCCCCAGCAUGGCCAGCAGAUGACUGUUAGCCGAGCCGGUGCUCGUACUGACUCUAAUAUGAGCGAAGUAGUGGCAGUGACGCCGACUGGUGGACCUAUGCGCCAGGAAAGCGUGACACACAUCAAGAGGCACAAACUUGCCAACUGUAAUGUUCCUCUCGUACACGGCCGGCCGAAUCCGUCGAUUAGUCCACGCAGCAGACUGACCACGCAUCAACGAAACCAAAGCCUGGACUUCAGAUCAAUGGGCAUCAUACUACCACCGGUGUCCCAGACGAACGCGACGACGUCGACGCACCAUCACAGGAACCGCAGCCUCGACUCCGCGCUGCAACGGAUCCCGGAAGUGGACGUGACACCCAGCCCGGAAUGCGAGAAUCCGGCACCGGUCGCUAAGGCGGCCACAUCGUCGGGGCCUUGCAAGGGGCGCAGCCGGGAACGCGAAGACCUGGCUAGUCUCGGUUCCGACGACUCCGGUAUCCUGUGCGGUUCCGACAGCGGCUCGAGCGACGCGACCAACGCCGCCACCCGCGAGUCCAGUGUGGAUCAUUUGCACAGCCGCGAGAGUCUCGACUCGUCCGUGUCGCAGCCGGGCGACAUGUAUUCCGUGGACGCGGUGGACGGUGCAGAAAACAGUGAUGUGUCGGUGUCGGUAUCGGUGCCGGUGUCACCCGUAGAACUGUCCACGCGUCUCGCCGAUGAGUCGUCAGUGUCAGCCAAGGACGAAACCACCACCGCCGCCGCCGCUGCCGCCGCCGCCACCGCCGAUGACGACAGUGGCCAUCAUCCACGGCGCGACGACGUGAACGCUGAACGUUGCUCACAGGAGCCGCGAUCGAACAUUACGCGAGAACAUUGCGACUACCAGCAGCAGGAGCGCGUCCCCGAGAUCAGCACAGCCGUCUAUCACCAUCCGAGCGCCAUGCAGACAUCGUUGACGCAGGUGGCCGACAACACCCAGAGCGAGCUGGCCGGUGCGGCCAUGACUCUCUGUUGCGGCGCAGCGACGCAGCAGGAAAUCGAGACGGUGAAGAAACAACAGCCGGACGUCGUCCGCCGGCAGCAGGAAACGAAACAGCCGAAACCGUCGGAGGGUUGUCUGCUGCGGCUCUUCGAAAGUCAGAUAUUCGACAUGUCCAUGGCUAUCUCUUACUUGUUCAAUUCCAAAGAACCUGGCGUGCAAAGUUAUCUAGGUAACAAGAUGUUCAGUUUUCCGGAUAACGAUGUGGACUUUUACUUACCACAAUUAGUUGUGAUGUACAUACAGCUUCACGAUGUAACAGAAGUCCUUUAUCCAUAUCUUGUCCAUAGGUGUAGACAGUCGGCAGAUUUUUCGUUAAAGUGUGCUUGGCUGUUAGAUGCGUAUAGCUCCGAUGCUCAUUUGCCAUCAAAGAAAAAGUCUCAUGGGACCAAAUUAAAGAAUCUUAUCCUGUCGGAUGAACUCAGGCCAAAGGGAAAUGAAGGUCGGAAGCCACGCAUCAUUGGAUUGCAAGUUCCUGCGCCGCCACCGUUGCCCUCGACGCAAAACCUUACGUCUCCGAAUAAGAAAACCCACCAAAGAUCUCAGUCCGACGCUACUGGAUUGUUUCAGACCAUACGCCGUAGUCAUUCCGGUACAAUAAAUAAAGUAAGUCUUGGGGACCUGAGCUCUGGUCGAGCGUUUGACAACGGCUGUACCUGCUUCUAUUCCUGCCAAGGUGUGGUGAACGAUUUACGAGGCCAAAAGACCGACUGUUUCUGUAAUGCACCACGACUCGCGCCAGAACUCGAAUUUAUUCAAGCAUUAAUAUCAAUCGGCAAAUUGCUCGGAACCAUCCCGACGAAGGAAAGUAAAACCGUUCAGUUAGUAGCGGAGCUCAACACGCUCAAUUUGAAUCUCCCCGCGAGGGUGUGGCUUCCUUUGCACAGCACGAUACCACAUCACAUCGUGCGAGUCCCGCCGCAGUACGCCGCAGUUCUCAACAGCAAGGACAAGGCACCCUAUAUAAUAUACGUGGAAGUGUUGGAAGUGGAGGAUCUGUACACAUCGCCCGUGCCAACGAAAAUAAUGGGGAGCUCGUUAAGGCACACUAAGUCCGAAGAAAACUUGACAGGUGGCGAACAGUCCAAUACAAUGGCAUCGUCUAACAACAACAUAUCCACUUCGACCGACAGCGAGCAGAAUUCGACGAUAUCGUCAACGCUACGGCAAACCCCCGUGAAAAAUAUCUCGCCGUACUCCGUCAGGAACACAGACGUGGCGUUCAGUUUUCCUGACGACGAUCCCAACGACUGCUGGAGCCAGGAAGACGACGAAAUUACACAGCAGUAUCUGCAGCUUCGCAAGCCGAAAGACCGGGACACCAUAUCGCAAUUAAGUCAAGACUCGUCCGACAGCAGGGAGCCAAUCUUCGUGCCGGGCGACAUUAAGAGGCGAUUAAGCGAAAUGGCAGCUAUGCCCAGCGCGACGUUCAAUCACGACCCCGAGGAUCCAUCGGCGGCGGUACUCAAGGAACCGUGGGAGCAGAAGCAACGACGCAUCAGAACUUCCAGUCCGUACGGGCACUUGGCGUCCUGGAGAUUGCUCGCGGUGAUCGUGAAGUGCGGCGACGACCUCAGGCAGGAGCUUCUCGCCUCGCAGUUGCUCUCGAUGUUGCAAAAGAUCUGGCAGGAUGAACAGGUGCCGCUUUGGGUGCGGCCGUACAAAAUACUGUGCCUGUCCAACGACAGCGGUCUGAUCGAGCCGAUCCUGAACACAGUGUCGCUCCAUCAGGUGAAGAAGCAGUGCCAAUUGACGCUUUUCCAGUACUUCGAACGGGAGUUCGGUCCGUCUAUCUCGGAGACGUUCGGCGUCGCGCAGAAGAAUUUCAUUCAGAGCUGCGCCGCUUACUGUCUGGUCAGCUAUCUCAUUCAAGUGAAGGACCGUCACAACGGCAACAUCCUGCUGCACAGCGACGGCCACCUGAUCCACAUAGACUUUGGUUUCAUCCUGUCGACGUCACCUCGUAAUCUGGGCUUCGAGACCAGUCCGUUCAAGCUCACGCCCGAGUUCGUCGAAGUGAUGGGCGGCAAUCAGUCCAAGAUGUUCGAGGAGUUCAAAAGCUUGAUCCUCCAGGGCUUGAUUGCGGCACGGAAGCACAUGGAGAAGAUAGUAAACCUCGUCGAGAUCAUGUUGUCGGGCUCUCAACUUCCGUGCUUCCGCAGCGGUGGGGCGGCGACUGUUCAAGGUCUCAAGAAUAGAUUCCACCUCACGCUAACUGAGGAUCAAUUACGUCGGCAUGUCGAGGAUUUGGUCGAAGGCAGCAUUCAUUCGUGGUCCACUAAACUUUACGAUCGAUAUCAAUACUUUGCAAAUGGCACUCUUUAAUAUCAAGGCUAAACCCUUUCUCUCCCUGUCUGUCGUAUUUCGGCUAAGUCGGAAGGAAGGGGCAUCGAUUAGGCUACGUGAUGCUUCUUCUGCAAUUUUUACACACACACAUACUUUUAUAGCGGGCUUGGCCAAUUGACGGUGUGCGCAUGUCGGCAUUUGCGUCCGUUCGUGUCAGUCCACGUCGCGUGAGCAAAUUUAUUCCGUGUUACUGUUGUAUAGUUGCAAUGAUAAUGCGGCGCGAAAGAAUUUACACUUAAUCGGCAUGUUGCAUAAUUAAUAGUGCAAUUUGCCGUUUGUUUUAAUUCGCGUUAAAGUUUCCUCCGCAUUUAUCUUUUUAUUUGCUUCAAUCGCCAUACUUUGAAAGAGAGAGAGAGAGAGAGAGAGAGAGGAAGGGAGGAUCUGAGAGAGAGAAAGAGAGAGGGAGAGGGAGAGAGACUGUUUCUCUCGAUUUCUAUAAUGUGUAAAUACAAAUUAAUUUUUUCGAUUGCGUCCAGUGAUUGCACGAUGGCGGAAGAAAACUAAGAUUCUCCCCUAGGCACGCGUCAACUGAUUUCGGUUGGACAGCGCCGUCUUCUAGCAUUCCACAAGCACAAAUGACGUUUAAAGUGGGUAAUACCGCUUUCCUCUUGGAUAUGUAAGAUAGCCUCGAUUAGGCUAGGUAUAGAAUUCGAAUAGAUUAUUCUUCUUUGAGUUUGACGUUUAUUCCUUGCUUUCGUGGUGGAUUAAACGAUAUGAAAUAUUUUUAGCCAAAUUCAGAGCGGUCUGAUGACGUCUGAUAAAUUAAAGGCUUGAUUAAUGAGAUGGGAGAUAAGAGAGAGAGAGAGAGUGUGUGUGUGUUUUGAAAUGAAAAAGCACGAAUCGCGGUUUAAGUGGUGAUGAGCCUCGUUGAAAGUUAAAAAUAUUUAUCGUCGUUUGAGGAGAGUUGCGAGAUGAAAGAAGGAAUAAUCUAUGGGCCUUAUGGGGUACCCAGUUGAUCACAUAUAUCCACUAUAUAUACAUAUAUAUAUAUAUAUAUAUAUAUAUAUAUAUAUAUAUAAUAUGUUUUUUGUUCGAUACAUUAAGACUGCUGUUUACGUAUGCCUCGAUUGACAAAUUACGAAUUAGCUAUCGCCGGUGCAGAGACGUGGCGUCGUCUAUUGACUGAGCGUGGGACUGCAAAGUCGAGUGUAGCUUAAAAACAGCGUAAUUUGUUAAAGGUGCCUUAUUUGUGUAGAGAAUGGUGGAGAUGAUCAAAUCUAGACACACAGUGAAGUGGCGUGCACGUGGCAAUCUAAAACUGGAGCUGAUCGAUUGUGUAAAGCGGACAAUCUGUAAUUUGUACAUAUAACAAAUUAAAAGGAAAAUCGAGGCGAAAAAACGAAGAGAAAGAGAGAGAGAGUUGCGUGAACUUUCGUAGAUAAUUCGCGGCAAUAAAAAAAAAACGAACAGUAGAAUCUAUCCUGCUACCAGCGGCAGGACGAAAUCGAUGAAUCUCCAUUUCAAAGGAGAUUCUAACGCGAUUUUGGCAAACGCGUGAGCAAGAGCUACGUACAAAACAGGCUCUCGGAUAUUAGUGGGAGGUGAAUACUCAAAAUAUUUCCUACUUCGUAGAUUGUAGUAUACUCUUCGAUAAAUACAUCUAAUUGUACGCGGUAAUGAAUUAAGGACAAGCAUUAUACAUAUAGCGAAUCUUAAGCAGGUCGCAUUUGAAAGUUUUUACAUGUUCUUAUUACAUAAUUAAAUUCAUCCAUCCUCCCCAUUGCCCCCCUUUUUCAUAGUCGUGAAUGCGCAGAAUGUCGUAUAAUUGUGUAUGUACCGGAGGGUAAUAUUAUUAUUUAAUCGCAGUUUUCCGCGUGCAUAAAUUUUACGUAUGUCCGUUUUUAAGUAAGUAAAUUAUAUAAUUACGCUAAAGAGAUAUUAUACAUAAAACGACAAAUUUUAUCAUUAUUAUUAUCAUCAUCAUCAUCGUCAUCGUCGUCGUCAUUGUCAUCAUCAUCAUCAUCAUCAUCAUCAUCAUCAUCGUCAUCAUCAGUUGUAUCGUUUAAGGAUCUAAUCGAGGAUGAAUGUUCGAAGCAAAAUCAAAGUCACGUUGACGAGCCAGCCCGGAGUACGAGAGACCUGGGCCCUCUGACUUCCAAGUGUCUUAUAUCUCUCUCUAUCUCUAUCUCUAUUCUCCUCCUAUCAUAACCGUCUCAUGAUAGACAGGCAGACCAGGAAUCGGAUACGAUUGUGCGAUGUUUGAGAGAAUGCGAAAUCAUCCGUCGAUAUCCCGGUGUGUGCUCGGGUUGUCUUUUUCGUAUUUUUUAUUUCGGUCGGCUCUCGUAAAAGAAAAAAAAGAAUUGUAUAAUAUGCGUGUGAUUAAUGCGAUUUUAACAUUCGUUGUUAUUGUAAGAGUGAUUGCGGAGCGAUACGCAGGCGAGGGAAGUCAACGGCCCUUUAUCCCCCGGUCGACUGAACGCGCCCGACUUCCCGUUCCGUCAAGAUGCGUGAAACGUCAAGAUCUCUGAUUUGCCUUGAUCUUUCACCUCAUUACGAGCUCUAUUGAUAAUAUCAAUUAUUGAAUAAAUACGAAUGCGAUAUA